GUUGGGGUUUUCCCUUGUUUAUCUCCAGCACUGCAAAUCAACAAGUAACACGUGUGAAUCUGCAUGCAUUCAACUGAACUGAAUGAGGUCAAAAUGUUGUAAGCGUCUCUGUGAUGAACAAAGGGCAUACUAAGUUACGAUGUAAAUGUUUUCGUGACAAACGCAUGGAGUGGAUGAUCAACUUUCUGAUGAGUAAAUCGGGUAUUGCACCGAACUGAAACCGUUACUCAUGCAUACUGUUUGAACACCUUACAUGUGGUAGAAUUACUCACUAUUCAGCAUGGGAGAAAAGACCACACGAAAACGUCCUGGUGUAAAGAACAAAUCACAAGAAAGCAAAGGAGGUGUAGCUGACAACAGCAAGUCAUCACCAGGUCCUUCAGCUGGAGUCUUCCUCCUCCUCAUCACCCUGGCUGCUGCACUGUGUGGCUACUACUUCUUGUUGGCAGCCCCAGACACAGUGUUUGUGCGGGUGGCCGACCAUGUACAGCGGGCGGUAUAUAAUGUUCCAUGCUCUAAAGAUUAUUCACAAGAAGAAUUUCAAGACUGUAAGCCGAAGAGAUGUGGAAGAGUGGUGAUGGAUGACCUGGUGCGGCAGGAAGAUGCUGAAUACUUGCUGAGGGUAGCUGAGAAGGGCCUCGCCCUGGGUGGAUCAAGCGGAGGGGCUUCUAUCCUGGAUCUACACACUGGAGCUUUGUCAAAGGAUAACGCAUUCAUUGAUAUAUACAGAUUACUUAAAGCAGAAAAGAUUGACUUAUUAACAGAGAAAGAUUUUAAGAUUUACAAGAAAGUCAAGGACCAGAUCCAUGAUGCCAUUGCCGCAGAGUUUGGGGUGCCGCCAGGGAAACUGUAUCUGACAAAGCCAACCUUCUUCUCUAGAAUGAACAUGACAACGCCCAAGACAAUACACGAUGAAUACUGGCAUGCUCAUGUUGACAAGGAGACUUACGGCUCCUUCCACUACACCUCCCUGCUCUAUCUGGCUACCUACAAGCAGGACUUUGAUGGCGGCAGGUUUGUGUUUGUGGACACCGAUGCCAACAGAACAGUGGAACCGAAACUAGGGCGUGUGUCUUUCUUCACUUCAGGCUCGGAGAAUGUCCAUUUUGUAGAACGUUUGACAGAUGGAGUACGAUAUGCAAUUACUGUGUCAUUUACAUGUGAUCCUAGCAAAGCUAUUUCCGACCCAGAGUCGAGGUAAUCCUUCCAUGUUUGUGAAUAAGACACAAUAAAAACAUAUUCUUCUAUCA